CGUCAUCCAUGGCUUCACCCCAUCCUCCUCACGCGUUCACGAGCACUCCUUAUACCCUGCCGAACGGUUCGACGGUGGUGCCAACUCCGGGGGCGACGCCGCUGCUACCAAACAACGGCAGGAUCAUUCAAAAUGGAGCUGUGAGGAUCCUCUGUAUUGCGGACGUGCGAGGUGAGGACCUACCCCGUUAAGACCUCGUUGCUACGCCUGGUGUUCGCGGGAAUACGGGGAAUAUACAAGUUUGAUGUUUGCCGCUACCUGUCUGCUGUCCUAUCUAACAUGCGUGAAAUGCUGCUGUAGGAAACCUCAAGUCGUUAAACGAACUCGCCAAACAAGCUCGAGCUGACCACAUCAUCCACACUGGUGACUUUGGUUUUUAUGAUGAUAGCUCUCUGGAGAGAAUUGCAGACAAGACCCUUAAACAUGUUGCACAGUACUCUCCUUUGCUCCCAGAACCCAUUAAGCGCAGCGUUGCUCAGGUCCCUCCCCAGCAAUCCAUCAAGCAGCGGUUCAGUCCCGAGCAGCUCCCACUUUCCGAACUCCCCCUCCUCCUUAACAAGCAGAUGACCCUCGACGUGCCAGUUUAUACCGUGUGGGGCGCCUGUGAGGAUGUCCGUGUGCUGGAAAAGUUCCGCUCUGGCGAGUACAAGGUCGACAAGCUACACAUCAUCGAUGAGGCCAAUUCCAGACUACUAGAUAUCGGCGGGGUCAAGCUUCGUCUGCUUGGCCUCGGAGGCGCAAUUGUUAUGCACAAGCUCUUUGACAACGGUGAGGGAAAGACGACCAUUGCCGGUGGCCAGGGUACCAUGUGGACUACGCUGCUGCAGAUGGGAGAACUAGUCGAUACUGCCAACCGUGUCUAUGACCCUGCAGAGACCCGUAUCUUCGUCACCCAUGCAUCCCCUGCCAGAGAGGGCAUGCUGAACCAGCUGUCUGUCACCCUCAAGGCCGAUUUCUCCAUCUCUGCCGGCCUGCACUUCAGAUACGGAAGCUCUUACAACGAAUUCAGCGUGAACCCGACUCUGGACCAUUACCGCGGUAAACUGGCUGCGUCCAAGGCCUCCUUCAACGAUGUCUGGGAUACAGUCCGCGGUGAAGUCGAGUCCGCUAUAAAUGCAAACGAAGCCCAAAAGACUCUGCUGGACAACGCCCUGGACAUAGUCCAGAAGAUGCCUAGCAUUGCUAACGGGGGUAACCCAUUCGGCGGACCAGUAACAGCAAGCAACGCGGGCGGCCAAGUGGAUGAGAGUGCUUUCAAGAACCUGUGGAACUUCAACCUGGCUGAUGCUGCGUUUGGAUACCUGGUCCUCGAUAUCGAGGGCGGCCGAAUCGGUACUGAGAUGCGUGCCCAAGGCUUCAACUUCUCUCACCGUGGCGGCAAGCCUACUACUACCAGUGCUCCCCAGACCGGUGCUGCUCCUCCAGCACUUGCCAAUCCUUCAGGUCCUGCAGGAGGCACAUCCGGAGGGCCAGGAGGACCUCCACAUACCCGAGUAGCGCCACCGCAAUUUGGGCAGAUACCGGCCCAACCAUCACGGAACACCGGCAACCAGUAUCCUCCCCAGGUCUCUUCCACACAAGCCCCCAACCAAGGUAAACAACACCCGCCUCUGCCACCUAAGUCUACCGCCUCUCCUGCCCCUAUCGGCGCCAACAAGGAGAAACCAGCAACCCCCAAGCCAGUAACCCCUCUCGCCGGAACUCCCGCUCCCCAGCAGCAACAGCAGCAACAACAAGCUCCAUCUGCCGAGAACUCUGCAUCCGAAGCCAACGGUUCCGCCCAGCAGCCAGGACAAGCAGACUCAAAAUCGACCACCUCCACGGACAAGAAACUAACCUGCGGCCUUUUCAUCUCUAACGUAGACACUGAGGAGGCUGUUCGACAAUUAUGGCCUGAAGAAGACCGAGCAAAGAUCGUCAAGAUCGAAAAAUGGGGCAAAUUCAACUAUGUAGUCACCUUUGCUACCCCAGAAGACUCCAAGCUUGCCCUCGAGAGACAGCCACUGGAGCACAAGAAACCCAGCCCUGCUGGACCCAACCGAAAGCCCAAUGUCAAGGUCUUCGAAGACCGGGCUUCACACCGUUCCUCCAACCGUGAUGGCCAAGGAAAUGCCGGUACAUGGCAGGCCAGCAGCCGCGGCGGCUCGUCAGCAAACACUCGCAGCGGUUACCAGAGCGGAAGCGCGGCCAGUGAUGGCGAGGGCGGUAGAGGAGGCCGAGGAGGAUUCGGAGGACGUGGAAGAGGCGGACGUGGUGGUGACCGAGGCGGAAGAGGUAGUGGUCGUGGUGGACGAGGCAUGGGAUACAAGGGAGCAGCUGGCGAAUCGAGCUCUCCUGCAUCUACUCCAGCCCCUGCGGGAGACAAGCCCACUCCUUCGGCUACCGAGUCAUGAUUGAUUCGUUCUGAGACAUCGCUUUUUAGAUAUCCGUAUUCCGUGCAUUCUCGGGGGAUGUAUCCUGUCUACUUACUCUUUUACCGUCUCCUAACUAUCGCCUCCAUAUCUGUCCGUCGUACCCUCUAACACCUUGCUCCAUUGCUAUUCGAAAUCCUAUUACCCCUGUUUUUCUAUAUCAAAACUGUUCCAUAAAACGCUCCCUCUUCUGCUUCUCUUUAUUCCCAAUUAUUUAUAUCCCCUUUAAACGUAACAUUGUUCUAUCCAUUCCUCGCACCCCCCUGAACCUGAGAUACCUUAAAUCCUGUACUCAAUAUGUUAACCAGCUUCCUUCUGACCAGGAGGUUCCCUUACUAUUGGCAGCUCGCGUACUUGAUUACUAGUAAAGUGUUCCCGUAUGUAAUGUAGAAUUUCUGAUUAUAGGCAUUCGUAGCUUUUGUCAACAAACAUGGAGUAAAUGUAGAUUAAAUGUAGAUGUCUUUGUAUCGCUUGGACUCUUUAACUAUGAAUGCCUUUUCAUUCACUAUGAUCAAAACCCUAUAUUUACAGAUCC